AUGUCUACAUCUGAAACCAUAGUGUUUACUCUCUUUGUAUCAGCACUUCUUGCGUCUUGCAUAGCCGCCGACGAUACAUCGCAGCUGCUUUUUCCGGCGAUUCUUGCUUUCGGCGACUCAACCGUAGAUACAGGGAACAACAACUAUUUCUUACCAGCCCGCUUGAAGGCUAAGCAUCUCCCUUACGGCGUUGAUCUUCCUGGCCACGAAGCAAACGGAAGAUUCUCAAACGGAAAGCUAAUGACUGACAUCAUCGCUACCAAACUUAACAUCAAAGAGUUUGUUCCUCCGUUUCUACAACCAAUCAUCUCCGACCAAGACAUAGUAAAUGGCGUCAGUUUCGCAUCUGCGGGAUCGGGCUAUGAUGACAUGACCUCCAUAGCUACCCUAGCGAUCCCUGUCUUAAAACAACCAAGAAUGUUCAAGAACUACAUAGCUCGUCUUAAAGGUAUCGUAGGAGACAAGAAUGCGAUGGAGAUCAUUGAAAACGCUUUAGUGGUCAUAAGCGCAGGGACUAACGAUUUUGCUAUAAACUAUUACACUAUGCGCACGAGGCGUAUAGACUAUCGUCAGAUCUCUGGUUACCAAGACUUUGUGCUCAAGAGGCUUGACGGUUUUGUCAGAGAGCUUUACGGUUUAGGCUGCCGGAAAUUUGUUGUUGCAGGGUUGCCGCCGAUUGGGUGUUUGCCAAUCGAAAUGACCACCAAAAUGCAAACCGCCAGGGCUUGCGUGGAACAAGAGAACAAAGACUCAGUCUUAUACAAUCACAAACUGAAGAAGCAUUUGCCACAAAUCGAAGCGUCUCUAACAGGAAGCAAGAUUCUUUAUGCCAACAUCUAUGGCCCUUUGAUGGACAUGAUCCAAAACCCUAGAAAAUAUGGGUUCAAGGAGACGAAGAAAGGAUGUUGUGGAACAGGGCUUUUGGAAGCGGCUUUCCUGUGCAAUGACUUUACAAAGACUUGUCCACAUCAUUCGGAUCAUAUGUUUUGGGAUUCCAUUCAUCCCUCGGAAGCUUCAUACAAUUACCUUGGUAAUUUCAUUGAUGCUCAGAUUCGAGGUUGGGCUAAGGUUUAG